CGUGCCGAUGGAGACGGUCAUUGUCCCGGUACAGAAGCCCCGGUACAGAAGCCCCGGUACAGAAGCCCAGCAAUGCGCCGAUGCUGUAAGUAGUGUUUAGUGUUUAAGUGUUUAGUAUUUACCCGGAAGUUAAAGCGGAAGUUGUUUAUGGACACACGGCGCUUUAAUGUGAGUCUAUAUGAUGGGAUUCCCGGCGGCGCGUGCGGGACUUUUAUUUCAGCACUUCCGGAGAGAAACAUGACAUCACUCUGACAUCACACUGAUGUCAUGAUGAGCUCGUACACACGUGGUGCCCCCACAGUGUUCUUCAUAAGUGCUGUGUGUGUGUUGGCGCGGAGUGACUGGGAGCCGAGCGGUGGUGAAGUGCCCUUUAUUGGAGGGCGCUACUCUGGACACCCCAUGCUGUAUUUUGGGCGGGAGGCGGUGCCAGAGCUGCGGGGUGCGGCACUGAGCACUCACUCUGAGCUGGCUCAGCGGGUAUGGCGUGCCGGUGAGGACAUGCUCGCGAGCCCCAAACAGUUCCUCCCACCCCAAGACCCUGAAGAUUUCUCUGCCCGCUGGAAUGAAAUCUAUGGCAACAACCUGAGUGUGUUAGCGCUGUUUUGUCUGCUUUACCCACAACGCACCGGGGCACUCAGUCUGGCCCGCGAGUACAUGGACCGGAUGGCUGCUCAGCCCAGUUGGCUGGUGAAGGACGCUCCAUGGGAUGAGGUUCCGAUGGCACACUCUCUGGUGGGUUUUGCGACGGCAUAUGACUUCCUGUUUGAGUUCCUGACUGAGGUAGAGCAGGAACGUUACCUGCAGGUGCUCGGAAAUGCCUCCCUUUACAUGUAUGAUAAGUCACUGCAGCGGGGGUGGAGCUUCCAGUUCCUCCACAACCACCAACCAACCAACUGUGUCGCCCUGCUGACCGCCUCCCUAAUCCUGCUGAACCAGGGCUGUCUACAGGAGGCCUAUGUGUUUGUUCAGCAGGUGAUGGUGAUUAUGGAGAAGUCUCUGGUCAUUUUGCAUUCCAUAGUUGACGGUUCUCUGUAUGAAGGUGUUGCGUACGGAACCUACAGCACACGUUCUUUGUUUCAGUACAUUUACCUGCUGCAGAGACACUUCAACAUCUCCCACUUCACACACCCCUGGCUCCUCAAACAUUUCGACUUCCUCUACAGGACAGUGCUGCCAGGUUUUCAGAGGAACGUUGCCAUCGGUGAUUCGAACUACAACUGGUUUUACGGCCCAGAAAGUCAGUUGGUGUUCCUUGAUCGCUACGUCAUGAGAAACGGCCAAGCUAACUUCUUGGCCGAACAAAUACGACGCCACCGCGUGCAGGACGGUCCGGGACAGCCGUCACGUGGACAGAAGUGGUGUACAUUGCACACAGAGUUAAUCUGGUAUGAUGCCGGUCUAAAAGCCACAGCACCUCCAGAUUUUGGAAUUCCCCGUCUGCAUUAUUUUGAGGACUGGGGUGUGGUGACCUACGGCGGCGGUCUGCCUGCAGGGACGAAUCAUUCCUUUCUGUCAUUUAAGUCAGGGAAACUGGGGGGCCGAACCAUUUUUGACAUUGUGCACGAGCGGCGCUACAGCGAGUGGAUCCGAGGCUGGAAGAACUUUAAUGCUGGACAUGAGCAUCCCGACCAGAACUCGUUCACCUUUACACCCAGAGGUUUCCCCUUCAUCACUGAAGCGUUGUAUGGCCCCAAGUACACGCUUCUUAACAACGCCGUUCUGUUUGCUCCCUCCAUUGACCAUACCUGCUUUUCACCCUGGGAAGGUCAGGUGACUGAGGCAUGUGACUCCAAAUGGUCAAAGUAUAAGUACGGUGCUGCAGUGGACUGUGAGGGUCGUGUGGAGGCAGCGUUAGAGCGCCACGGUGUUGUGUUCAUCCGUGGUGAGGGACGAGCAGCAUACAGCCCAGCACUGAAGAUCAAGAACCUGCAGAGGAACCUUGUCCUUCUCCAGCCUGACCUCCUACUGCUCUUGGACCACGUGCACCUGGAUGCAGAAAGCCCUGCCCACAGCAUCAGUUCCUUCUUCCACAACACAGACUUCCCUUUUCAGCACACCAUGGCGAGAGAUGGCAUCCAUGGUGCCUUUGUCAAGCAUGGACAGGAUGAGUACACCAUGCUGUGGAAGGACGACACAGGCUACAGCGGAAAAGCUGAUACAGCAUACUGGACAUACCCAAAUGGUUAUCCCUACAACGGCUCUCACUAUGUUAAUGUGACUAUGUCGCUACGCUUCCCGCACACCCGCAUCGCCUAUUUGUUCUUUGGCCCAGAUGUUGAAGUUCUUAGCUUUGUUCUUCGUGGAGACUCGGAAAGGAUUGAUGUCCACCUGACCACAAGAGACCACAACUUUACCAUCCACAUCUUGACAUCUGAGAACCCUACCAAGCCCAUGUUUGCCAUGGUGCUGAAGGACAAGUUGGAGAAGGUGGUGUUUGAGCGUUCGGCAGCGGUGCAGGAGCACCCCUUUAAGGAGGUGAAAGACUAUGUUAACCAGGUUGAGCAAAACCUCCGUCACAUCAAACCUGUCUUCCAGCAGCUAGAGCGCCACAUAAAGACACGCAUCCUCAAUGCUGAAGGAUUCCACAAAAUCAGAGAACGACUAAAGAAGAACUUAGAAAAGAGGAGGAAGAUAAAAAAGAAGGUGGCAGCAGCUGUGGAGAAGAUGUUCUCUGUCAAUAAGAAGCUGGGAAAGGUGAAGGGGUCAAAGCAAAUGAUUGGAAAUCGCUUGAAUGAUGCUAGAGAGCAGCAGCAGGGAGCACUGAGGCUAGUGGGCAAUGGUGACAAUGUUGAUGUGCAAAGGGGCAAGAAGGCCAGGAUAAUUAAAGGACACGAGCUUAAAGAUGUCCACACUGCAGUGGUUGUGGGUGGGACCGAAGUGUCCAUCUCUGUCUCCUACAUACGUGUGUUCCUGGUUCUGAACAUCGGAGCUUUUUUCCUGCUGUUGGCGGUUCUGCUCACGCAACUGCAGCGAGCACCAAGUCUCCACACGCAGCGUUGCAUCUACUGCGUCCUCCUGCUCGACAGCUUCAUCCUGCUUGGCCUCUACUCAUCCUGCUCACACGGACACUGCUGAUUUCAUCACUAAAUGAUGGUCCUGAUAGUGAUGACAUCACUGUGGGACGGAGAGGGCAGUGGUACAGAGUGGAACAGUAGUGUGGGAGAACCAGUGUGUGAAUGUACAUUAAUUAUUAAGAAUGUGUGUUUGGGCCUUAUUUUGUAAACUUUGCAAUUAAAAAAGCAGAUGUAGAA